AUGCUGAAGGUUCACCUGGAGAAGAAAAAAAUUCUAAAAUUACAGGCAGAGAAAGAUGCUGAUAGGCUAAUAGUAACCGCAACCAUUUCCAUAUCCUCUUCCAAAGAAAUAGUGAAGACCGUCUGCGAGGAUAUAGAUUUGUCGGUCUUACUUUGUCGUUUGUCACGAGGUGGGGGAGACCGUAUCCUUUCAACAAAAAGACCAAAUAACAAUAUUAUAUUUGUAAAAUGUGGGAGAGGAAAAAACCCAGAUGUCACCUACUCGACAAAUUCCUUUACGCAAUUAUCACAACCCGGAAUAGCACUGUUCCUUUACGCAUUUAGCGAUUGUGAUACAACAUCAGCGCCAUUUGGUUAA